AGCACAUUGUUCUGAUCAUCUGAAGAUCAGCUAUUAGAAGAGAAAGAUCAGUUAAGCCCUUUGGACCCGAUCAACUUGAUACAAGAACUUCUGAUUUCAACUUCUUUGGCUUAACUCUCCCUGAAACGAUGAAAUAUACAAGUUAUAUCUUGGCUUUUCAGCUCUGCAUUGUUUUGGGUUCUCUUGGGUGUUACUGCCAGGACCCAUAUGUAAAAGAAGCAGAAAACCUUAAGAAAUAUUUUAAUGCAGGUGAUCCAGAUGUAGCAGAUAAUGGAACUCUUUUCUUAGACAUCUUGAGGAAUUGGAAAGAGGAGAGUGACAGAAAAAUAAUGCAGAGCCAAAUUGUCUCCUUUUACUUCAAACUUUUUAAAAGCUUCAAAGAUGACCAGAGGAUCCAAAAGAGUGUGGAGACCAUCAAGGAAGACAUUAAUGUCAAGUUUUUCAAUAGCAACAAAAAGAAACGGGAUGACUUCGAAAAGCUGACCAAUUAUUCGGUAACUGACUUGAAUGUCCAACGCAAAGCAGUACAUGAACUCAUCCAAGUGAUGGCUGAACUGUCGCCAGCAGCUAAAAUAGGGAAGCGAAAAAGGAGUCAGACGUUUCGAGGUCGAAGAGCAUCCCAAUAAUGGUUGUCCUGCCUGCACUAUUUGAAUUUUAAAUUUAAAUCUAUUUAUUAAUAUUUAACAUUAUUUAUAUGGGGAAUAUAUUUUUAGACUCAUCAAUCAAAUAAGUAUUUAUAAUAGCAACUUUUGUGUAAUGAAAAUGAAUAUCUAUUAAUAUAUGUAUUAUUUAUAAUUCCUAUAUCCUGUGACUGUUUCACUUAAUCCUUUGUUUUCUGACUAAUUAGGCGAGGCUAUGUGAUUACAAGGCUUUAUCUCAGGGGCCACCUAGGCAGCCAACCUAAGCAAGAUCCUGUGGGUUGUGUGUUUAUUUCACUUGAUGAUAUAAUGAACACUUAUAAGUGAAGUGAUACUAUCCAGUUACUGCCUGUUUGAAAACUUGCCUGCAUUCUGAGCCACUGCUUUAAUGGUAUGUCAGACAGAACUUGAAUGUGUCAGGUGACCCUGAUGAAAACAUAGCAUCUCAAGAGAUUUCAUGCCUGGUGCUUCCAAAUAUUGUUGACAACUGUGACUGUACCCAAAUGGAAAGUAACUCAUUUGUUAAGAUUAUCAAUAUCUAAUAUAUAUGAAUAAAGUGUAAGUUCACAACUA